CUUGCUAUAACGAUGAUCGAUUUGUACUUGGAGUCCCGGGAGCGUAAGUUAUUCUCAGCGAACACGGCUUUUUUCAUUUUCAACGUUUGUGUAUGUAUCGCGUACUUUGCUCCAUAACGAAAAAAUGCGAAGUGGUCUCUCUUCAUAAUCCGUGAAACCACGACAGCUUUAAUUCGAUGUAGACUCUCAACAGUGAACUCUCCAAUAUCGACAUUGCACCGAGGGAGGUUGGAAAAGUGUUGCAAGAUAAGAAGUGAUUAAAAAUAUGAAGGAGAGAUAAUCAAAAUAUUGUGAAUAAGAGGAUUAUAUAUCUUGAAGAUUUGUGCAGAUCGGCGGAAGUGAGUUUUGUGCGCUUAAAGAUAUUAAACAUCGAUAGCUGUGAUAAGAGCAAAGGUAAAGAUUUUUGAAAUGUUAUGGUUAGAACGAUGGUUAGAAAGAUGGUAGGAACAGGAUGACAUAAAAGUAGAAGAACUUGGAAAAGAGUCAAUGAAGCGUUUGUUGAGAAGAUAUGGGUUGAACAGAUGAAUUGAGAAAAUGGGUAGGUACGACGGGAGAAGAUGACACCGAGAAGACGAUAAUUGGGGACACUCUUUUUAUCUACUCUAACACAAUAUAUCGCUAAUAGCGCUUCACGAGCACAGUCUGUAUCUAUCGAUGUGACUUCAAGUACAAUAUAAUUAUACUUUAUACGUAAAUAGUUAUUGCUAUCAGUAUGCACGACACAAUACCAAACAAUUCUCAUGAUGACACGUGUGAUAUUAAGUGCAAAGAAGAAAUUAUUACGAAAAGAGAAAUACGAAAAACGGAUAUUGUGUGGUUUACGGUCUUUUAUUUAUUGAUGAUGCACACCAUUGGACUUUACGGUUUAAUCACGUUCAACUACUUUGAAAAUUUAAGGACAACUUUGUGGUUACUAAUUUUGUAUAACCUAGGAUGCAUCGGUGUGACUGCUGGUGCUCAUAGAUUUUGGUCUCAUCGAUCGUACAGCGCUAAUCUACCGCUCAGGCUCAUCCUUUUCGUUUGUUACUGUUCGAGUGGAGGGGUCUCUAUUUUUAGUUGGGUACGGAUUCAUCGUGUACAUCACAAAUACGUCGACACAGAUUUAGAUCCUCACAAUAGCCGACGCGGCUUUUUCUUUUGCCACAUAGGUUGGAUUCUAAGAAGACUCAGGCCUGAAAUUAUUCAAAAAUUACGUGAGACUGAUAUGCGGGACAUUUUGGCAGACCCACUCAUUGCUUUUCAUAAAAACAGAUAUGUUACUUUGGUGAACUUGAUAUUCUCUUAUGUCUUGCCCACGCUAAUACCGGUUUACUUCUGGGGUGAGACUUGGAACAGAUCCUUCAUUUCACAAGUAGCUCGAGUGAUGCUGGUGUUACAUGCAAGUUUUUCCAUAAACAGUUUUGCUCACAUGUGGGGUACCAAGCCAUACAAUAAAAAUAUUCGGCCAACAGAGAAUAUGAGCGUGAGUGUAGUUUGUAGUGGUGAAGGAUUUCAUAAUUAUCAUCACACAUUUCCUUGGGACUAUCGUGCAGCCGAGUUUAAUUGGUAUAUUUUCAAUCACUCGUCGUUUUUCAUCGACAUGUUCGCGAAGAUCGGAUGGGCCUACAAUCUCAAGAAACCGUCUCCUGAACUUGUGAAACGAGUUGCUGCCGAUAAAGGCGAUGGCUCCCGUGCCAAAUGGGAUGAAAUCCCAAUGUGCGAUUCAAGUGCCAAAGAUUAAAAUGCAACACACAUACAGGUAGAAUAAAUUUAAUUCAUUAAAUUACACUCUUACUUCAUCGUUAGCAAAAAUUUGUUUACAGCUUCACACUUAUGAGAUUAGUGAAAAAAUAUGUAAAAACAUAUGAAGCAUAAACUAGAAAAAACGAUGUGAUUUGCAAAACAUAUAAAUAAUAAAUUAAAAUACUAUA